GUCUAAACUCUAUUGGGCUGGCCACCUGCUCAAAGUCAUCAUUUACUGAGGCGUCCAAGGCCUUUAACUAGUGACUAUGUCUCUGCACUGCAUGACCAGAUUUAUCGUCUGAUCUAUCAUACAGCCCACAAAUAUUUGCAAUUGCUUGACUCGCUUAGCUCAUCCAUCAUCAUGGCUACCAUUACCAUCGCCGGGGUUGAAAUCCCACUUGUUGACACGGUCCGCCCAGAGGACUCGACUAACAUGCCAACGUAUGUGAAACAAACUCGCAGAACCGACAUCUUGCCAAAAGGAUGGAAGAAGAGCGAAGAAAAACGUCCUAUCCCUUGCGACAUCAUCUAUGACCAGAAUAUCUGCCUUACAUUGAAGGAUGGCACGAAGAUUUAUAUGGAUAUAUUGCGACCACAUGGCGUCAGUGAGAAGAUCCCGGCCGUGGUGGGAAUGAGUCCGUAUGGAAAGGGCGGACACGGCUUUGAUAUCUAUGGAAAUUGUGCCUAUAGAAUUGGCAUCCCCGAGAGCAAGUUAUCUGGGCUGGAGAAAUUCGAGUUUCUCGAUCCGGCCGAAUGGAAUCCGCGAGGAUAUGCGAUUGUCAACAUUGACUUGAGAGGGAGCUGGGAGUCUGAUGGUAACUUGUACGUUGAAGGAUCACAGCAAGGUCGUGAUGCAUAUGAAAUUAUCGAAUUCGUUGCUGCCCAGGAUUGGUGCAACGGUUCGAUCGGAAUGGCAGGAAAUUCCUGGCUCGCAACAUCCCAAUGGUCCGCAGCCAUGGAGCACCCUCCUUCCCUCAAAUGCAUCGCCCCAUGGGAAGGCUUCACAGAUAUGUACCGAAACCUAGCUUGUCGAGGUGGUAUCCCCAGUCUCCCAUUUCUGAACUUCAUUAUGAACAAGACCAUCCGAGGACGCGGCGGCAGAGAAGAUGUCGUGAAGAUUCUACAGAAUUCUCCAUUGUACAGUCCGUACUGGGAAGACAAAAGUUUGUGCCUCGACAAGGUUAAAAUUCCCAUGUAUGUCGUAUCUAGUUAUUCUUCUGCGAUCCAUGGAUUCGGCACUAUCAAGGCAUAUCGAGAGGCUACCAGUCCAAAGUGGCUUCGGAUCCACUCCACCCAGGAGUGGUAUGAUUUGUACCUGCCGCAUAACACCGAUGAACUGCAGAAAUUUUAUGACCGCUACCUCAAAGGGAUCGACAAUGGUUGGGAAAAGACAGACCCUGUACGAGUCUCAGUCCUCACAUACGGCAAGAAAGCUCUUGACAACAUACCAUUUUCCGAGUAUCCUCCCAAGGAAACCGAAUACAAGAAGCUGUUCCUCUCCGGGUCCAACCUGGUGAAGAGUCCCGUAGAUAAGGUAUCAUCCGUUUCCUACCAGGCGGAUGAUUACAGGGCACAGCCCGCAGAGUUCAAAAUCGUCUUUGACAAAACUACUACGCUCAUUGGGUUCUGCAAAGCCAAACUCUGGAUCUCUUGCGACGAGACUGAUGACUUGGACAUCUACUUGUCUCUCCGCAAGGCGGACAAGAAUGGUAAGAUCCUGGAACACAUCAACCUUCCCUGGGAUGAACUCCCCCCUGAAGUCAAGUCCUUUGAAGACGUUCCAAACUCCAAUGUGAUCAAGGUAUGAAAAUCCUAAUUUCAUCUCACCAACAUAUCCAUCCCUAUCCCCAUCUUCUAAAUCUGCUCGCAAAAACUAAACAAAUUCCAGUAUCUCGGCCCAACCGGCGUCCUCCGCGCCUCCCACCGCGCCCAAGACCCCAAACUCACAACCGACAUCGUCCCCUACCACCCGCACGACAAAGAAGAAAAAAUCCCUCCAGGAACCAUCGUCCCCGUGGAGAUCGGCUUCUGGCCAAUGGGUAUCCAGUACGAAGCAGGCGAAUCGUUGAUCCUCCGCGUUCAGGGCUUCCUCGACCAGUGCGUCGAGUGGCCAGCCCUGACUACCAUGAAACCGAACAAUCUGAAUAAGGGGAAGCACACUAUUCAUUUUGGUGGCAAGUAUGAUUCUAACCUCAUUGUUCCGGAGGUGCCGCUUUAGGAUUGUUGGGAGGCCGGCGGACCUGCGGUGAUGGAUGGAUGGAUGGAUGGAUGGUGAGGGGUUUUCGCUUCUUGGGUGGACUGGACUUGAUGGGGUUUUCUUGUGGACGGUUUGGGGGAUUGGGGCUCCCUGGGAGCUCUUGUAACGAAAGGGAAAGUAAAAACAAAAACAAAGGUAGCCUUAGAUAGCAUAAUUUGAAUGGAGCGAGGUGAAGGCUAUUCUGUGUCUCUAAUUCAUGACUCGGUGAACCGUUCAUAACAGUGCAUUGGGUGAUCGUUAGCAACUACCCUACCUACCUAGACAAGAUGAUCCCCUCAACUGCCAAACGAGACGCAUUCUAGACGUGGUCGAUGACCUUCGUGAAGCAUGACCCUGUAAUUAAACGAAGAACGCCUGAAAUGCGCCGCCCAUGCUUCCUUUCUCCCCUCAACUGCUGAAAUCCCAAAUUUUCUUCAGGUGCCGCGCUGAGGCAAAGUCGCUGAAUUUGCCUAUGACGUGCGUAACUCAGGCGC